UGCCUUUGGAUCAUGUUUUUAUCUACAGAAAGGGAUGGAGAAUCACAAGGAAAAGGCUCUAUUGGAGUAUGAAAAACAUAAGAAGCAGAAUGGCGAGAUUCAACUUCCUGAGUCAUCUCCUGCAAGUGCUGAAAAGGAGACAAGUAGCUACCAACCCUCAGGAAUAGGCAGGGCACGUCGGGAUGCUGCAGCUCGUGCCAUGCAGGGUUGGCAUGCUCAGCGCUUUGCUCGAUAUGGCUUAAGUUCUAGCCAAAAACGUGAACAGCAUCUCAAAAGCAUUGGUUUGCAAAAGCACAAGACACAAACGAGCAUGGAGCUUGCUGUGAACGCUGUGCGGAAUGAAGCAGAUAAGCAGCUGGUCACUGAAGUUGUUGAUAUUGGACCUCCUGCUUGUUGGGUCAAGAUUAACGAGUGUGAAGCGAAGGAUUUCUUUGAGGUUUAUGCUCUUGUUCCAGGGCUCCUGCGAGAGGAGGUGAGCUAUUGUCUCAAAAUACCUUCUAUUUACCUUAAGUUUAGGAGAGAUGUGGGGGGUUGAUUAGAGAUUUAUAGAGAUUUAUAGGUUUUGGGCAAACCUGCAAUAAUGCUAGCUUCAGGACAUGUAACUGAAGAUUUAUGCUUUAAUAUGUAUUUCAGAAGGCAUUUUGCUUCAGUUUGUUGAGAACUUGUGAUCGGUUGCCAAUCCUAACUUUUUGUUGUGAUCUAAAUUGAUUAUUUUCUUUAUAAGGCACACAUUUCUUUUUUCUUUACUAUGUUUACAGCUCAAGCCAACCCCUUGAUGCUAGCCUUGUUAUUUGGUGGAUUUAAGCGCACGUUCAAUCGGAUC